CACUUACUGAUAAGCUGCUGUCAUGAGAAGAUCAUCAAAAUUUUGAACAUAAAACAACAUUUCAUAACAAUCAGUUAGUUUUAUUUGUAGGUAUAAAUUAACAUUAAAAUCAAACAGAAAUGUCCGUUCUAUUACGCAAUGUUCCGACUAUUCGGUUCCAACGACACAUGAGUGUAGUUGCAUCGGUUCUAAGAUACAGUGAAUUCGGUGACCCGGCCAAGGUGAUUCAGGUUCAGCAGGAGACUGUCGCCGAUCCGUCUAAUGGGGAAGUUCUGAUCAAAACCCUGGGGGCGCCUAUCAAUCCUGCCGACAUCAAUACCAUUCAAGGAAAGUAUCCCGUGAAACCCCAAUUUCCCGCGGUGGGAGGAAAUGAAUGCGUCGGCGAAGUGGUUGCUAUCGGUGGUCAGGUUGGUGGAUUGAAAGUCGGUGACCGAGUUGUGCCAUUUGCCACCGGAUUGGGAACAUGGCGAUCCCAUGCCCUGUACAAAGAGAGCAACCUCAUGAAGGUUCCAAACUCGAUUGGAACAGUUGAGGCUGCCACCAUUACGGUCAAUCCUUGCACCGCCUAUAGAAUGCUGAAAGAUUUCGUGUCUCUCAAAGCAGGUGACACUGUAAUUCAGAAUGGAGCGAAUUCAGCAUGCGGUCAAGCAGUUAUCCAGUUGUGCCGUGCCUGGGGUGUCGACUGUGUAGGCAUUGUACGUGACAGACCAGAAUUUAGCAAACUACGAGACUAUCUGAAGGACUUGGGUGCUGCGGAAAUCCUUACCGAAGAGGAAUUGAGAACUACGAAAAUAUUCAAAGAUGGAUUGUUUAAGAAACCAAAGUUAGCCUUGAAUUGUGUUGGCGGUAAAAAUGCCUUGGAGGUGUCCCGUCACCUGGACAACCAAGGUAUCAUGGUUACUUACGGAGGCAUGUCUCGGGAACCGGUUACCGUACCGACAGCUUCUCUUAUCUUCAAGGAUUUACAGUUUAGUGGAUUUUGGAUGACUCGUUGGACGAAAGAGAAUGCACAAAACCCCAAGCGAGCGGAGAUGUUCUCAGAGUUGUUUGAACUAAUCGGAAAAGGCGUGUUGAAAGCUCCAGCGCAUGAAUUAAUUGCAUUUACGGAUUACAAAACUGCGGUGACUAAUGCAUUAAGUAUCCAGGGUUUUGUGGGGAAAAAAUAUAUUUUUACUUUUUAAGGCACUGACCUAGCUUCCAAGGUUAGCUAAUUGUCCUAUUUUAUAACAAUAAAAUCGUUUACAGAAACAAUCACGUGUUAA